AGGACUAUUUACAGGAGGAAAGCUGGAAGCUACUCCUAGAUGCGGAGUUUGCGGCCGGAAAGAUACUCUCGCUCCCCGCCCCCUCCUUUCUUUUUGACAGUCAGUUAAUAAAGACUCAACAAUAAGCAGCUGCCAGUGAUGUCAUUUGGGACUUUGUCCACGGAGCUUGUAUUUACAAGCUCGGAGCCACUACGGAGCCGCAGCCCGAGCAGCACGAGUCUUCGCGCACUCUCCGCCCCGCAUUCGGACUCGGAUUGGGACUGGGCUUCGGCUUAGCCGCGGGACCUCGCGGCCGCUCCCUGGGAUCCUCAGGAAAGCGGUCUCGGGCGGCAGUCUGAAAGCUCCCAAAAUAAACGGAGGAUAACCGCGGGACGAGGUUUUUAGCUUCAGAGAGCUGUGGAGCGGUGGUAGCUCCUUGUCUCUCUCCACCGCUGUGACUGGUGCUCACCCAGGCGCUAACUCCAAUGACCCUGGAAAGAAACAAGGGAUUCUUAUAAGUCACAAAGGAAAAUAAAUAACUUCACUCAUGGAGGGAAAGAGACAGCUCCAGAAAAGGGACUUUGGAAAAAGAUUGUCUCUGGACAGCAGUCUUGUGGAAUAUAUGGACUCUAAUAAAUACAUCGAACAUUUGCUAACUCAACUUGAGGAGCAACACAGAAGUCUCUGGAGGGAGAAGUUGGCUGUGGCCCGACUGCAGCGAGAAGUUGCCCAAAGAACAAGUGAGAGGGCAGUGAUGGGAGAAAUGAGCCUACAGCAAGAAUACAAAAGACAUAGGGAAAAAUUAUCUGCAGAAAGAGCUGCAUCUCAGCACUAUGGAGAAAGACAAAAACAUGAGAAGCUGAUACAGGAACUGGAGGAGGAGAGACACCUGCGUCUUCAGAGUGAGAAGCGGUUGCAGGAGGUGACCUUUGAAUCAGAGCGCAACAGAGCUCAGAUGAGAGGUCUGCAGCGGCAGUUCUCCAGGAUGGAAGAAACAGUGCGAAAUCUAUUGCAGAGUCAAGGAUCGCCACAGCAGAACAAAGAAGAAACUGUUAGUAUACUGGUCUACCAGGAAAAACUGUCAGAGGAAGAGAGAAAACACAAGGAAACUUUGGACGAUCUUCACACGGUAGUAGAUGAGGAUUCAAGGAGUGAAAGCAGCAGUACAGAUGAGGGAAAAGAAAAAACCAGAUUGCUGUUAGAAAGAUUGAAAGCUCUAGAGGCAGAGAACUCAGCAUUGGCUUUGGAAAAUGAAAAUCAAAGAGAACAGUAUGAGAGAUGUCUUGAUGAGGUAGCCAACCAAGUUGUUCAAGCUCUGCUCACUCAAAAGGAUCUAAGGGAGGAAUGUGUAAAGUUGAAAACCAGAGUGUUUGAUUUGGAACAGCAGAACCGAACACUAAGCAUCCUAUUCCAACAACGAGUCAGACCAUCUUCUGAUCUGCUCCUCCAGAAACAACAACUGAAUGCAAAAUCAGGAACCCCUACCUUGAGAUGCCCCGGCUUGGGGGUUGUUGUUCCCAGUCGUCUCUGUCCUCGAAACAGCUGCAGCAGCAGUGAACUGUCUCUUUCCAGCGCCUGCAGUGAGUACUCCAGCAGCUCCUCCUACACGUGGCGUGAUGGGAAGAACCUCGGGAGAAGGCAACCAUCACAGAAUUGGGAUAAAAGGCGAAGUAUUGAUUCUUCGCUCCCAAGUGGCUUUGCUAGUCCUGCAGAUGAGCUACCUCCAACUCGGAUCAAGGAAAGCCACAUUUUGGAAGGACUGAGAAAGCUCCAGAAGCGAAAAGUGUCACUUGAACCGUCAUCAGUGAUAACCAAAUGGGGUUAUAAAGAUUGCAUGAACUCGAAUGAAGGAAUAUAUUCUCCAGGAAUUAAGAGUAGCAGCCUCAAGGAAUAUCCAUCCUGCAAGCCACCAGGUGUGGGGAGCCUCUGCCAGGAGUCCCACCAGACAUUUGCUUAUGAAGCAGAUUCCCAUGAGGUUACCGAUGAUGACUCCUCUUCCCUAGCACUGCUGCAAGCAGUUCCGAACCCUGGCUGCAGGCUGCAUGGCAGCAAAUUAACCCACAGUGUUUCUGACAGUCUCUUUGGCUGGGAGCUGAAUGGAAAACACUUUGCAGGAGGCACAUCUUCAAUUUACCCCAGGGAAAGGCCUGAAAAGCUGACUCGUGCUAACAAGGGUCCGUUGGAUAGGAAGCUGUGCCCACGGGUACAGGUGCCUCUGUUACAGCGGGACAGGGAUCUGCACAGCCAAGGCCGUGACGCUGCUCUCAUUCCUCAGCUUUCAGACACAGAUGACAAUGAGACCCUCGACGAAUUGCACAUAGAGAGCAGUGACGAGAAGAGCCCUUCGGACUUGUCAUUGACUGCUGACACUGACAAGUCCAUGGAGAACCUGGACAUCCAUAUAGGACUUGAGAAAUCUGAACAUGGGUCCCCUGAUGAGGAAGAAAAACAAGUACCCACCCAAUUAGAAGCUAGGCCAAAGACAUUUAGUUUCAUUAAGCAGCAAAGGGUUGUAAAAAGGACUUCUUCGGAAGAAUGUAUCACUGUAAUAUUUGAUUCAGAAGAUGGAGAACCUUUUGAAUUCAGCUCACAUCAGACUGGAGUUCUUACUGUUACCAGAAAUAAGAUUUCCAUUAGCACAACCCCUGCUGGACCCACAGCAGAACACACUGAACUUUUACCUCAGGGAAUUGCUCAUUUAUAUCCAGGGGCCACUGCAAAAGACUGUGUUUUCCUAAAGAGAUCUGAAGAAGAAACUGAGAAAAACAUUCCAACAGGUGGUGUAGACAGUGUUUCCUCAGCUCCCACUGGCCCACUCAGCUCCAGAACAGUAACACAAAAUGUCAAACAAAAGCUGGCUAAACCAACACACAGUAUGUCAUGUCACAGUACUUCGAGGUCUGUGGCACCUAGUAGUAUCUAUCAAAAGCAAAAUCUGACAAAAAUACCUGCCAGGGGCAAGUCUUCAUCUCAGAAGUCAAAAAUAACAGAGCCUGAAGGCUCCACACUAGUCCCCUCAUCUGGCCCGGCGACUCUUGAAAAAUCACCAGCCUUACUUCCAGGGAAACUUGCACAGCUCAUGAAGACUGAGAAUAUAGGGUCCCUCUGUGAGGUACCACCAGAUUCACACAUUCCAAAGCUCCCCCGACACCUGUCUCAUGGCCCCAAAAUGGCCAGCAGAAGGGAUUGGGCUCAGUGCUCCAAACAUCAGGCUCCAGGGUCGAGAUCAAGGCUGCUCAUUGAGCCUGGUGACAGUGGAGAGCCCCCCACAAGGGAUAAACUCUGUGCUUCUGGGCCAGAGGCAGGGAUGGCAUCUGCUUCCCCACCACCCCCUCCUCCAGGCAGGUUGGUCUCCCUUCUGGUCAGGCCCCGUCACGACUGUCCAUCACCACCUUCCUCAGCCACACCGGAAUGCAGGGCUCCCAGUGACGCAGCAAGAAUGGUUUCCAAAUCCUCCCUGCUGAAAGGAGCUUCUGCUCCAAUCAUUUCUUCUAAUCAGGCUACAGCAGAAGUGCAGAAGAAGAAACCUUCCAUGGCCUUCAAAAAGCCUGUUUUUCCUCAUGUUCUGCCUUCCACAGAGACAGUGAUUCACCCUGGAUGCCCUGCUCAUGCCUCCUCCAGCUCAUUUCCCAUGAUCACACCAGGGCUCCCAAAGGUCUCUCCAAAGAAAGGUGUCCCCAAAACUUCUCCUCACCAAACACUUGGAACCACACACGUGGACACAGGGUUACGGGUGCCUAAGACUUGUCCUUCAACUCAUGAGCCACUGGAGACACUGACCUCCAAGAGCAUGUCUCCUGGAAGAAGACAAUUGAAUGACAGUAUCCAUGCAUCCCCCAAGCCUUUCUUCUUAGGGGCAAAUGAGUCACCAUCAUCUCAGGUUAGCAGUUCCAUAUCCUCCUCCUCUUCCUCUAAAGGCCAUAGCACCCCACAUGGUUGUCAAAAUGCUCGUGAGAAAGGACUGAAAACUCGCCUCCCAGUGGGGCUCAAAGUUCUCAUGAAGUCUCCCCAGUUGCUCAGGAAAAGUUCCACAGUGCCGGGGAAACAUGAAAAAGAUAGUUUAAAUGAAGCUUCUAAAAGCUGUGUAGCUCCAAGCAGGCCUAAACUUGAGGACUCCAGGAAUCCAGCAAACCUGGAGGCCACAGGGUGUGAAAGAAACUCCCUUACACCAGGUUUGCACACACCAGACAGGUUAGCUGAAGGACUUCCCCUGGAAACAGUGCUACCAGAGUCACUGGAAAAUGGCAUCCCUGAGGCUGAUAGAAGAGAUGGAAUAGAAAACAGGUCCGUGAAAAGAUCCCUUUCUUCUAGCAAGCCACAUCUAAAGCCUGCCCUAGGCAUGAAUGGCGCCAAAGCCCGAAGCCAGAGCUUCAGUGCUCACUCAGGAGACAAAGCCUCACCACCGGCUGUGGAAGGGGCAGGCAAAAUCCGAACUCAGAUUAUUACGAACACAGCAGAGAGAGGCAACUCUCUGACGCGGCACAACACCUCCACGGAGGGCUCCCCUAGCAACACUCAUUCUGCUCCAGCACCUGAGAGUCUUCUCUGUGCUGGGCGCUCUUUCUCCAGGCAAGGGUCCUUGGGGAGCACUGGCAGCACCAGCAGCCAGCAUGGGAGCCCAAACAAGCUGCCUUUGAGAAUCCCCCCAAAGACUGAAGGACUCCAAACCCAGCCUGGAACAGAAGACCAGCAGAUUUACAUGGGGGAAGAAUGUACCAGUGUGGCUCUACCUGAGGAACCAGGCAGUGACCCAUACAGGGGCCCACUUACUCCAAAAGACUGCCCUCGAGUGCCUCAGGCCCCAGGAAGGACAGUGCGUCCAAGCAUCUUAGAAACAAGCAGGACUUCCAAGCCAGAAAUUUCUGGAAGACAUCCAGAUGUCUGUACAACCAGGACUGGUGCUGUAAGCCCAGAAGCCCCCCUCUCACCCACAAUCGAAGAAAAGGUCAUGUUGUGCAUUCAGGAAAAUGUGGAAAAGGGCCAAGUGCAAACAAAGUCCACCUCUGUGGAAGCAAAACCUAAGCCAGGGCCUUCUUUUGCCAGCUGGUUUGGUUUUCGAAAGAGUAGGCUUCCAGCCCUCAGUAGCAGGAAAAUGGACUUCUCCAAAACCAAGGUGGAAAGGAAAGAUGUGAAAGUCUUGGGGUUUGGAAACAAACAACUGAAAUCAGAAAGAAAGAAAGAGAAAAAGAAGCCUGAGCCACAGUGUGAGAUUGAAAAUGAGCUUCACAGGGACCCCACGUUGGCAGAUAGUCCUGACAGUGGAUUGCAAAGCAAAACUAACAUGAAGUUGUCACAUGAUAUGUACAACCAAAUGAACUUUGGAGCAGAAAACACACCCAGCCCCGUUACAUGUUCAACAAAAGAUACCUUUAUGACAGAACUUUUGAACAGAGUUGAUAAGAAAGGAACUCAACAGACAGAAAAUGGAUCAAAUAAUGUUUCCUGCAGGAACGUGUUAAAGGGCAGCUCCCAGGGCUCCUGUCUCACUGGCAGCUCUAUCAGCACUCAAGGAAGCCACAAGAAAAACAUCAAAACCAAAGUGGAUAUGGAAAUAGCCAGAGACUCCCUGGUAAAAGAGUCAAAUGAAAACAUACAAGAGGAUGAAGAAGGUACAAUCGCAGACUCUGCAUUUCUGAACCAUGCCAUAGAAUCAAACUGCCAGAUGAGAACACUGGACAGUGGCAUCGGAACCUUCCCACUCCCAGACUCAGGAAAUCGUGUGACAGGACGGUACAUGUGCCAGCCAGACCCCUCCGAGGACACCAAGCCCCUCCUGUCUGUCCAACAAGCCCCUUCCGCAGCCUCCUCCAUCAGAGCCCAAACCCUUGAAAGAGAAGUGCCUUCCUCCACAGAUGGCCGGCUCGCUGCAGAGACAGCCAUUGUUCAUUCCACAUCGGACCCCAUCAUGGUGGCCAGAGGGACGCAGCCUCCUCAGAGUCGCCUUCCCAAGCCAGCCUCCUCAGGAAAAAUCAGUUUCCAAAAUCAGAAUGAAGCAGAGCCAAGGCCUCAGAUUUGCUCAUCACUUGAAUAUGCUGCAGGUACAGUGACAGGCAAACCACUUCCAGACUGGGGCAGUGAUGGCACUGCUGCGGAGACACAGAAAUUGAAACAAGUUGAAGAAACAAAAGAAGAUCCUGAGCAUAGAUUAUCUAAAAUUUCCCUCAAGUCAUUCAAUAAAUUUAACAGCAAUUCUGUGAUUUUAUUAGAAAAAGAGAACUCUGUGAGCAAGGUUGAAGGACAAAAGGAAGAAAGAGAAAAAAAUGAAGAGGCAUCUUUAAGUAGCUCAGAUAGGCCUGGGGUAGACAAUUUGGAAUCUUUGAGUGAUUCUUUAUAUGAUAGCUUUUCUUCUUGUGCAAGUCAAGGUUCAAAUGAUGUAUAAAGGACGUUUUAGCCCCAUAGUGAGAGCUGGGAAUAGUGCACUUAAAAAAAGAAAGUGGGGCGGGGGUGGGGGACACAGAGCUGUUAGCCAUAAACUAUACAACACCAGAGCCCACCUUGUCAAGUACGCAGCAGGCAACCCACCAGGGCUUAUUUCUCUGACAGGGCAAUAAAGAUUUAAUCUAUUUGUUGUGUUUCGAGAGGAUUAAAAGUAAAUGUAAUACAGAAUUCUUAAUUUUGCACUUUUUAAAAUACUUGUACAGAAGUUGUAAAUUUUUUGGAAGAGAAAAUUAUAUUUGUAGGGAAGAAAAGAUAGCAAUAAAAGGAAUCUGUGCCAUGCUCUUGAAAUGAUGUACUAAGUCUCAGAAGUGGAUGAUAAUAUAUAUUUUUGAAAAUUUCAACUAAACAUUUUGUGAAGUUCAUUGUAGUCCUCAAAUUAUUUGUGGGUACACUCUGUAAAUCUAAAACAGGGCCUGCGGAAAAACCAGAGAGAUCAUAGUUCUCUCCAUGUCACAAUCUCAUUUUAAUAGUUGUUUUUAAUUGCAGUGCAAUUUUAGAAUUGUUGAAGAGAGAUUCAAGUUUUAACGGUAAUUCUGCUUUCACUGAAAAAUGAAGUGUGGACACUGGGAAGUGUGACCGUAUGUCCAGAAGCAAACUAUUCCUAUUUCAAUGGGUUUUCCCUCGACGGUUCCUUAACAACCUCUUCUACUUAGUGAUCCUCUGUGAUUCCCGAUAUUAUUUGUUGAUUUUUAUCUUUGUACUUUCUAAAAUUAAAAUCUGGGUACUCUAAAAAUAAAAAC